AUGCCUGGUACUAUUGCAGUCCUUAAGACGAGCCCAGUUCUAGUUGGGGGCGAGCUGGACGACUCACAAGCUUAUUUUCACCGACUGUUCUGGACGUUUCCACCGUGUAUUGAGGCACUCCGUCAUUGCAAGCCGUUGGUGAGUAUUGACGGCACGCAUCUUUUUGGCAAGUAUGGGGGUACGUUGCUCGUCGCGAUAGCACAGGACGGUAACUCCAACAUUCUGCCCGUAGCAUUUGCACUGGUUGAGGGUGAGAAUACUAAGUCUUGGUCCUUCUUUCUGUCCCAUCUCCGUCAGCACGUGACCCCACAACGAGGUCUGCUGGUUAUAUCAGAUAGGCAUAAUGGCAUCAAGGCUGCGCUUGAGGCUCCAGACGGAGGAUGGCUACCUCCAGCUGCCUUUCGUGCAUUCUGUAUUCGACAUGUGGCAGCAAAUUUUACCCUGACCUUCAAGGGCAAGGACGCUACGAGGCUUCUUGUGAAUUCAGCCUACGCUAAGACUGAGGUGGAAUUCGACUACUGGUUUGAUAUAUUACGGUCUGAAGACCUUGCCAUGUGUGAGUGGGCGAACCGGAUCAAGUAUCCAAUGUGGACUCAGCAUCGGGAUGAGGGUCGUAGAUUUGGUCACAUGACGACAAAUAUAUCCGAGUGUGUUAACUCAAUCCUGAAGGGGGUCAGGAAUCUCCCUGUGUGCUCGCUGGUGAAGGCAACGCACGGGAGGUUGGCAGAACUAUUCGUCCGGAAGGGGAGAGAGGCUGAGGCAUUGCUGGGAACCGGACAACAAUUCAGCCAACAUCUGGUGAAGUGUAUAGAGGCCAAUCUGAAGACGGCGAGGUGCUUCACGGUGACUUUGUAA